CCGGAAGUGCGGCCUGGAUGCGAUUCAAUUGCUCUGUUUUCCCUCUCUGUGCUGCGCAGUCAGGAGGUACUGCCUAAAAUGAGCGGAACUAGGCUGGGGGUUAGGGGACGCUUGCUCUGCGUUGGCACCACAGGCAGGAUGUGCGAGGUUCGGUGGUAACUUGGAGGCUCACACUUGGGCUUGGAGAACACGAUCGGGAAGAGGGGGAGAAAGAGAUCGAGUGCCGGAAGGGCGGACAAGGUUUGUCCUUUGGGGAUUGCCCACGACCAGCUUUUUCUUCGCCGUAAAACCCAUGGAGAAAGAGAAAUCUGGGAGGCGACGAAUGGAUUUGUGUGAGUCGCUUGGUGAAAAACAUCUGUGUUUCUGAGGCACGAUUCGGGGCGUGUACCGAGAUGUUUCUCCUGCUCCUAAAUGGUUAUAAUUUGAAUAGCAAACUGUGCUGCUCUUUAUUCUGAAAAAUAAGAAAUGUGUUAGGUUGACAAGCUAGAUUACUCAAAAUGAUAUUGAGCUGAGCAUGGAUGCAAAUGUUGACUUGGAAUAUAUUGGUCAUAUGAGGACUGCUCUAAGUAAAGUAGCAGAAUUGUAAAAUGGAAACAAAUGGAAAAAUUAGACAAAAUGGUCUGCCACGAAGGAUAAACAUGCUGUGAAGAUGUUUUGCAAAACAGCUUACCAUGAAGAUACUGUGACUUCAGACUUACUACCUUCUGCUGACAUAUUUAGCCUGCUCAGAAAUGUUUUUUGCAUUUUCUAGAAAAAAUGUGUCCCAGAAAUUGAGUUUAUUGUUGCUAGUUUUUGGUUUUAUCUGGGGCAUAAUGUUACUGCGCUACACCUUUCAGCAUCCAAGGCAACAGAGCAGUGCUGAAUUGCGUGAACAAAUACUUGACUUAAGUAAAAGAUAUGUUAGAGCCCUGGCAGAAGAAAACAAGAAUGUAAUAAAUGGUGAUAAUGGAGUUGCAAUGGCAGGAUAUGCUGAUCUGAAAAGAACAAUUGCAGUUCUUCUAGAUGACAUCUUGCAACGCUUGGUCAAACUGGAAAACAAGGUUGAUUACAUGGUUGUAAAUGGUUCAACAACAAACACUACAAAUGGGAACUUGCUGCCAUCUACUACAAGCAAACGAGUAAAUGCACCAAACAAGCAAAGAUAAUAGUCAAAGUCACUUUGUG